AUGACGAUGAAGACAGUGCUGUCCUUUGAAGGCGAGCGCGAGCUUGUGACCGAAACACGUGCUUAUGAAUUGGUGCGGACGUAUGCCGAUGAAGAGGCACAGCAGCAGCCAUCCACCUUCACGCACAUCACGCUGCGCAACAAGAGCUACACCCUGGAGGCCGCACGUGUCAUCGCCGCCUUCUUCUCGCGUCUAGAAGCCCGCGGCGCUUUCGAGGAGCUCGUGAGUGUGGACUUUGCCGAUAUGAUCGCUGGACGUCCGGAAGACGAGGCCCUGCAAGUUUUGGCGACGCUCUGUGACGCGCUGAGUGCCAUCAAGACGCUCACACGUAUCGACUUGAGCGACAACGCAUUAGGAGAAAAGGGUGUACGCGCUUGCUUUGGACUGCUGCAGAACCAGGAGCAGCUACGGCACAUAUACUUUUGCAACAACGGUAUCUCUGCCGCAGCUGCGGGUGUCAUUGCCGAUGAGGUUCUCCUGUUCCGUGGUUUGGACACGCCAACGAAGCUUGAGACCUUUCACUUCUACAAUAAUAUGAGUGGAGACGGCGGUGCCAUUGAAUUAGCCAAGUUGCUUCCGCUGUCACCGGGGCUGAAAGACUUGAGAUUUUCAGCGACGCGAGCUCAGAGAGAGGGAAGUCUGGCCUUUGCCACGGCUUUGGCGUCAUUGAAAAAGCUAGAGAAGCUGGAUCUAAGUGACAAUACGUUUAAGGCACAGGGUGCCAAGGCUAUCGCUGCAGCAGUGGCAGGAAUGCCGAACUUAGUGGAGAUUAACUUCCGUGAUGCUGCUCUUGAGGAUGAUGGGGUGAUGGCCAUUGCAGAUGCAUUGCGAGAGGGCGGUGCAGCAAAGAUUCUUACGGUGCUGGAUGUGUCUGGUAAUGAUCUAACUGCUGAGAGUAUGCCAGUUCUGGGGCAGAUGCUGCGUGUGAGCGAUGCUCUGCAUGUACUGCAAAUUGAAGAGAAUGAGAUCGGAUCGAAGGGUGCUAAGACUAUUGCAAAAGCUCUUCAAGCCGGAUCACCAGUGCUGGAGAAGGUGGUGGCUAAUUUGAACGAGAUUGGUGCCUCGGGUGCGCUUGCACUUGUCACGUCUGUUCUUGACAAAAAGGCGUUUGCGAAGCUGAAUAUUGAUGGAAAUCAAAUAUCUGCCGAGGGUGUGGCUCAAAUUGAGUCGCUGCUUGAGAGCAAGAACAUGAGCGACGUGCUGGGGUCACUGGAGGACAAUGACGGCGAUGAAGAUGAAGAGAACGAAGGUGACGAGGAGAGUGAGAAUGAGUAG